AUGUCGUCUUCGCCGUCAGUUGUUUCAUCACUAGCCAAUGCAUCUCAGCAAGUGACGCUUUAUUUAGGGCAACCUAUACUCAUUUUUGGUAUUAUUGGUGGAAUAUUUAAUCUUAUUGUAUUUCUUAAUCUUAAAACUUUUCGACAAAGUUCAUGUGCAUUCUAUUUAAUUGUUAUGUCAUGUGUUAAUAUAGGUCAAUCACUUACUGGUUAUCUUUCACGUAUUAUGAUUACUGGAUAUAAUAUUGAUUGGACAUAA